AUGUUCAGCAAAACUCCAGAACAUGGCUCCUCCGGCUUAUCGAAGAAGAAGCAGAAAACAGCAGCCGGCUUGUUCAUCUCCAUGUCGACUUUCAUGGCUAUAUGCGCAGAGCGAGCCGACCUGGUCUCCCGCAAGAUCAAAGCCAAGGCGACGAGGACGAUCAGGGCCACUCAGAAAAAGGAUCCUUCAUCACCGACGUUUGCUUCCAGGCAGAAGCAGCUCCUGUUGACGUUAAGCAACAAGGCGGUCGGAUUUAUGCACCGGAAAAGGAUCGGUAAUCAUGCCGGCGCCCGGACUGAGCCGGAGGAGUGGAGUGACCGUGGGGUCUGGCAAAAGGCUAUCUUGAUGGGGGACAAGUGUGAGCCGUUGGAUUUCUCAGGCGUAAUUUAUUACGAUAGUAACGGGAACCAGGUAAGCGGAGUCCCUGUCAGGUCGGCACGUGCCAGUCCAAUGCCCGGGUAUAACUCACGGGCUGGGAAAUCGGAUCUGUGA